AUGUUCAGGUGGAGGUGGCUACGUCGCGACCCUGCAUACUCCGCCCUGGGCGCCGAGGAGGCCACCUCGGCCACAGGCGGUGCCUGGUGCCCUGAGCAGGGUGCUGGGUUGGUGAGCAGGCUCCUGUUCACAUGGGUGGACCCCCUCCUGGCCAAGGGCCUGCACAAGUCGCUGGACGCCGAGGACCUCUGGGGCACCAUGCCCGAAGACGCGGCGGGGGAGGUGGCCGCGGCCUUCCAGUGGCACCUGGCGAGCACCGCCUCCUCCAGCGCCCAGCCACACGGCCGAGUGCACGCCGCCCUGUGGCGCUGCUACCGGGGGCGCCUCCUGUGGUCGGGCGUGGUCAAGCUCCUGCACGACUGUGUCAUGCUGGCCAGCCCCGUCCUGCUGCAGCGCCUCCUCGUCCACGUCCAGCAGAGGGGGUCGCCCUGGAUCGGCCUGCUGCUUGCCCUGGGCCUGGCCGGCACGAGUCUCCUGCAGACCCUGCUGGUGAACGUCUACUUCCACUCCCUGUACCGGCUGUGCGCGCACCUGAAGUGCAGCCUGGUGGACAUGCUGUACCGCAAGAGCCUGCGCAUCUCCUGCGGCGCCCGCUCCGAGCUCGGCGCGGGGGUGGUGAACAAUCUGCAGAGCAACGACGCCGCCAAGCUGUGGCAGCUCCCGCAGUACCUCCACAUGGUUUGGAGCGGCCCCUUCCAGAUCCUGUGUGUCAUGGGCCUCCUCAUGCGGGUGAUAGGCGUCGUGUCUGCCGUGACGGGGCUGGCCGUCACCGUGGCACUCAUCCCCCUGCUGACGCUGCUGGGGAAGAAGCUGGCGUCGAUCCGCAAGGAGAGCAUGACUCUCACCGACGCAAGGGUCAAGCUGUGCACCGAAGUCUUGACAGGCAUCAAGGCCAUCAAGCUGUACGCCUGGGAGGAGCCAUACCGUCUGCUCAUCACCGACCUACGGCAGCAGGAGCUGGCGCAAAUUUUGUGGUCGGGGCUGCUGAACACCGUGAACUCGCUCGUCUUUCAGGGCGCUCCCAUCAUCAUCACCAUCGUUGCAUUCAUGACCUACACCUUGCUGGGCCACACGCUGUCCGCUGACGUGGCGUUCCCCGCCAUUGCGCUCUUCAACCUGCUCCGCUUCCCGAUCAUCAUGUUCCCGCGCCAGAUCACCGACCUCAUAAAUUGCGGCGUGGCCAUCAGGAGGAUCCAGACCUUCAUGGAGGCGGGGGAGGUGGCGCAGGCAGGACCCGACGCCCCGCUGGACGCGGGGCCCCCUGAAGCGACGCCGGUGGUCCAGGCUUCCCAUGCUAGCUUCUCUUGGGACGCCAAGUGCGAGCCGCUGCUGCACGACAUCUGCCUGGAAGUCAACAAGGGCCAGCUGGCCAUUGUGGUUGGCCCGGUGGGCAGCGGGAAGUCCAGUCUGCUGGCCGCCCUGCUGAACGAGAUGGUCCGGCUCCAGGGGACGUCGUCGGUGCGGGGCCGGGUGGCGUACACGGCGCAGGAGCCCUGGAUCCAGAACGCCAGCCUGGAGAAGAAUGUGACGCUGGGCGGGGCGCGGACCGCUGCCUACGACGCCGCGGUGGCUGCUUGCGCCCUGGGACAGGACGUCGCGGCGCUGCCGGCGGGGGACGCCACGGAGAUCGGCGAGAAGGGGGUGAACCUGUCGGGGGGGCAGCGGCACCGCGUCGCCCUGGCACGGGCCUGCUUCGCAGAUGCCGACGUGUACCUGCUGGAUGACCCGCUGUCGGCGGUCGACGCGCACGUCGGGCGCCACCUGCUUUCCUCCUGCAUCUGUGGCCUGCUGGCCGGUAAGACGCGCGUCCUCGUCACGCAUCAGCUGCAGUACCUGCCUGCUGCGGAUGUGGUCAUCGUGCUCCAGGAUGGCCGAAUCACGCAUACCGGCCCCUACGCCGCCCUGCUGGCCGCCGGCGUUGACUUCCACCAGUUUGAGCGGCAGGCACGGGCGGCGGAGGCGGCGGGCAGUGCAGGGGUGGGGCCGCCGCUGCCGGAGCCCCGUCACGCGGCUGACUUCGACCAAAGCACGGUGCCCGGGGAAGGUGAACCAGGGCUCGUCGACGUCGUCAUGGAGGACCCCGCGCCGCAGGGAGCUGCGGCGGUGGCGGAGGCGGCGUGCGUCGUGGUGUCCGCAGGGCAGGCGCGGCCUGCAGCGGCUCAGCCCGCCGAGGGCCUGCCCGCGCCCAAGCCCGGGCUGGCUGUCACCGGGAGGAACGCGGCGCAGGCCGGCAACCGCACCACGGACGUGGAGCAGCGGGCGGUGGGGCGGGUGGACCGCGGGCUCUACCUCCGCUACUUUGCGGCGUGGGGCGCCUGGUGGUGGCUCCCCCUCGCCAUGCUGGGUCUGUCCGUGGCCGACAAGGGCAUGCAGGCCGCGCAGAGCUGGUGGCUCUCCCUCUGGUCGGUGGACAUCGUGGCACCGCACAGCGCGCACACCGCAAACUAUUACCUCGUCGUGUACGCUGCGCUGGGCAGCGCCUCCCUCCUCGUCCAGCUGGCCUCAGGGCUGUGCCUGGUGUGGGGGGCCAUCCGCGCGGCCCGCACCCUGCAGGAUGACCUGCUGACUCGGGUGCUGCGCCUGCCCAUGUCCUUCUUCGACUCCCAGCCCACGGGCCGGCUCCUGAAUCGCUUCACGCGUGACACCGAGGCGGUGGACGUGCAGUUGCCCGACUCGGUCAGGUCCUUUACCUCCUGCGCCGUCAGCGUGCUGUGGUGCCUGGUGCUGGUGGUGGCGGUGUCCCCCGCCAUCAUGGCCAUGCUGGUCCCGCUGGCACUGGCCUACCUCUGGGUCCAGGCGCGCUUCAUCGCCACCAGCCGCGAGAUCAAGCGCCUGGACUCGGUGGCCAUGUCCCCCAUCUACAGCCACUUCCUGGAGACGCUGUCGGGCCUGGUCACCGUGCGCGCCUUCCGGCAGCAGGACGCCUUUGCGCGGAGCAACUGCGUCAUGCUCGACGCCUCCAACAGGGCGUGGUGGCCCAGCCAGGUGGUCAACCGCUGGCUGUCGGUGCGGCUGGAGCUCCUGGGGACAUCAGUGGUGUUUGGCGCGGCCCUGUUUGCGGCGGUGCUCCAGCCCCACUCCGCCGGCCUGGCGGGGCUAGCCAUCACCUCCGCGCUCCAGGCCACGGGCCUCAUGUCCUGGGCUGUGCGCCAGACCACAGAGAUGGAGAUCAGCAUGAACUCCGUGGAGAGGCUGCUGGAGUAUGCCAGCUUCGAGAUCGAGGCGCCCGCUGUGAUCGAGGGGCGGCGGCCCCUCCCGGGAUGGCCGACCCAGGCGAGUAGAGGGGGCGCAUUGGCUGUGGAGGGUUUAUCGGUGCGCUACCGUCCCUCUCUGCCCCCCGUCCUGCACGAUGUCUCCUUCUCCCUCCCGGCGGGGUCCAAGCUGGGCAUCGCCGGGCGGACGGGGUGUGGCAAGUCCACCCUCAUGCUGGCGAUGUACCGGCUGGUGGAGCCGUGUGCGGGACGCAUCGUGCUGGACGGCAUCGACGUCGCCAGCAUCGGCCUGUUCGACCUCCGCUCCAGGCUGGCCCUGGUGCCGCAGGACCCGGUGAUCUUCACGGGGACCAUCAGGUCCAACCUGGACCCCUUUGGCACGGCCGGCGCCGACGACCAGCGGCUGUGGGACGCGCUGGCACAGUCGGGCCUGGAGCGCGCGGUGCGUGGCAUGCCCGCGGGGCUGGACUCGGGCGUGAGCGAGGGGGGGGGUUCCCUCUCGCAGGGCCAGCGCCAGCUGCUGGCCCUGGCGCGGGCCCUGCUGCGCCACACCCGCGUCCUGGUCCUGGACGAGGCCACCUCCAACGUGGACACCGCCACCGACUCGAUGGUGCAGGGCACCAUCGCACGGGCCUUCGCGAGCUGUACCGUGCUGACCAUCGCGCACCGCCUACACACCAUCAUGCGAUCGGACGCCAUACUGGUGCUGGAUGCGGGGAGGGUCGCGGAAUUCGGGACGCCGGGGGACCUCAUGAGGCAGCCGGGGUCCGCAUUCCGCGGACUGGUCACCGAAACAGAACAGGGCGGAAAGGUCGGCGCGUAA